GCAACAAUUUGCUGUAAAAAUUGUUGAUGUAGCCAAGUUCACAUCAAGUCCAGGGUUAAGUACAGAAGAUCUAAAGCGGGAAGCCAGUAUCUGUCAUAUGCUGAAACAUCCACACAUUGUAGAGUUAUUGGAGACAUAUAGCUCAGAUGGAAUGCUUUACAUGGUUUUUGAAUUUAUGGAUGGAGCAGAUCUGUGUUUUGAAAUCGUAAAGCGAGCUGAUGCUGGUUUUGUCUACAGUGAAGCAGUAGCCAGCCAUUACAUGAGACAGAUACUGGAAGCUCUGCGCUACUGUCAUGAUAACAACAUCAUUCACAGGGAUGUGAAGCCCCACUGUGUUCUCCUUGCCUCGAAAGAAAACUCAGCACCUGUUAAACUUGGGGGAUUUGGGGUAGCUAUUCAAUUAGGAGAAUCUGGACUUGUCGCUGGAGGGCGUGUUGGAACACCUCACUUUAUGGCCCCAGAGGUGGUCAAAAGAGAGCCUUAUGGAAAGCCCGUGGACGUCUGGGGUUGCGGCGUGAUCCUUUUCAUCCUGCUCAGCGGUUGUUUGCCUUUUUACGGAACCAAGGAAAGAUUGUUUGAAGGCAUCAUUAAAGGAAAAUAUAAGAUGAAUCCAAGGCAGUGGAGCCAUAUCUCUGAAAGUGCCAAAGAUCUAGUACGUCGCAUGCUGAUGCUGGAUCCAGCGGAGAGGAUCACUGUUUAUGAAGCACUGAAUCACCCAUGGCUUAAGGAGCGGGAUCGUUAUGCCUACAAAAUUCAUCUUCCAGAAACAGUAGAACAACUGAGGAAAUUCAAUGCAAGGAGGAAGCUAAAGGGUGCAGUACUAGCCGCUGUGUCAAGUCACAAAUUCAACUCGUUCUAUGGGGAUCCCCCUGAAGAGUUGCCAGAUUUCUCUGAAGACCCUACCUCCUCAGGACUUCUAGCAGCAGAAAGAGCAGUCUCACAGGUGCUGGAUAGCCUGGAAGAGAUUCACGCACUCACAGACUGCAGUGAAAAGGACCUAGAUUUUCUACACAGUGUUUUCCAGGAUCAGCAUCUUCACACACUGCUAGAUCUGUAUGACAAAAUUAACACAAAGUCUUCACCACAAAUCAGGAAUCCUCCGAGUGAUGCCGUUCAGAGAGCCAAAGAGGUAUUGGAAGAAAUUUCAUGUUACCCUGAGAAUAAUGAUGCAAAGGAACUAAAACGUAUUUUAACACAACCUCAUUUCAUGGCCUUACUUCAGACUCAUGACGUAGUGGCUCAUGAAGUUUACAGUGAUGAAGCUUUGAGGGUCACUCCUCCUCCCACCUCUCCUUACUUAAACGGUGAUUCCCCAGAAAGUGCUAACGGAGACAUGGAUAUGGAGAAUGUGACCAGAGUUCGGCUGGUACAGUUCCAGAAGAACACAGAUGAACCAAUGGGAAUCACAUUAAAAAUGAAUGAGCUAAAUCAUUGUAUCGUCGCAAGAAUUAUGCAUGGAGGCAUGAUUCACAGGCAAGGCACACUUCAUGUUGGUGAUGAAAUUCGAGAAAUCAAUGGCAUCAGCGUGGCUAACCAGACAGUGGAACAGCUGCAAAAAAUGCUUAGAGAAAUGCGAGGAAGUAUUACCUUCAAGAUCGUGCCAAGCUACCGCACUCAGUCUUCAUCCUGUGAGAGAGAUUCCCCCUCCACUUCCAGACAGUCCCCUGCUAAUGGUCAUAGCAGCACUAACAAUUCUGUUUCGAUCUAUGUAAGAGCACAAUUUGAAUAUGAUCCAGCCAAGGAUGACCUCAUCCCCUGCAAAGAAGCUGGCAUUCGAUUCAGAGUUGGCGACAUCAUCCAGAUCAUUAGUAAGGAUGAUCACAACUGGUGGCAGGGUAAACUGGAAAACUCCAAAAAUGGAACUGCGGGUCUCAUUCCUUCUCCUGAACUUCAGGAAUGGCGAGUAGCCUGCAUUGCCAUGGAGAAGACCAAACAAGAGCAGCAGGCCAGCUGUACUUGGUUUGGCAAGAAAAAGAAGCAGUACAAAGAUAAAUACUUGGCAAAGCACAAUGCAGUGUUUGAUCAAUUAGAUCUUGUCACAUAUGAAGAAGUAGUAAAACUUCCAGCAUUCAAAAGGAAAACACUAGUCUUAUUAGGUGCACAUGGUGUUGGGAGAAGACACAUAAAAAACACCCUCAUCACGAAGCACCCGGACCGGUUUGCAUACCCUAUUCCACAUACAACAAGACCUCCAAAGAAAGAUGAAGAAAAUGGAAAGAAUUAUUACUUUGUAUCUCAUGACCAAAUGAUGCAAGACAUCUCAAAUAAUGAGUACUUGGAAUAUGGCAGCCAUGAAGACGCAAUGUAUGGGACAAAACUGGAGACCAUUCGGAAGAUCCACGAGCAGGGGCUGAUUGCAAUCCUGGAUGUGGAGCCUCAGGCACUGAAGGUCCUGAGAACUGCAGAGUUUGCUCCUUUUGUCGUUUUUAUUGCUGCGCCAACCAUCACACCAGGUUUAAAUGAGGACGAAUCUCUCCAGCGCCUGCAGAAGGAGUCUGAUAUCUUACAGAGAACGUAUGCGCACUACUUCGAUCUCACAAUUAUCAACAACGAAAUCGACGAGACAAUCAGACAUCUGGAGGAAGCCGUGGAGCUCGUGUGCACAGCCCCGCAGUGGGUCCCGGUGUCCUGGGUCUAUUAAACCUCUCUCCAGAUCCCUGAGCAGAACUGGGAGCCACCUCAUCCAUGGAAACGCCUCUUUGUUACCGGCCUUGUGUCAGCAGGUCAUGGUCCCUAGAGACUACCUAGUUGUAGUGUGACCUACAUUUACAAUUAUUGUCAUGUCCAAAUAGAUAGGAGGAGAAAAACAAUUACACACUAAUUUAAAGAGACAGUAUCUUUUUUAAUCAGUUCUCCUAAACUUUAAUAAAAUGUAUCUUUAAAUGUAUGUAUUCUUCAAUCCUUUGGAAUGUUAUAUUUUUGGAAAUCAUAGCUUUUUAUUUCCAAGGCCCCUAAAAACUGCACAAAAUAGAUGCUGCUUUCUAUAAUCUAUUUUAAUAAUAAUAAACAAUGAUUCUGUUACCUUGACUGGGGGUGGAACACUACAUUCUUCUUAGAGUCUGAUUUUAUGGAUUGGAAUAUCUUUCUUUCUCUAUUUAUUUGAAAUAAUUAGUCUGGUGAUUACAAAACAGUCAUAAAUUUUUAAAAGCCUUUUUUCUCUCUUUUUUUUUAGAAUAGCAUUUUUUUAAGUCCUUUGUGUAACAUCCAGAUAAUGUGAUACUGUCUCUUUGAAGCACCCUGUAAACCUUUUAGAGAUUUGAAGUUGGGUCUUGACUCUUAAUGCAUGUGGACAGUCGCGAGCGUUUAUGCUGUCGGUGUGUCUGUGUUGGACAAAACAAUCUGUAAUCUGCAGCGAAGUACAUUCCGUUCACGGGGCACACCCAGGGGAAUAAGAAUAAAAUGCUAUUAUGACUAAGUUGUAAACCUAUGCACAUCCCUUGCAUUUCGGGCAACUUUAUUAAAAAGAAAAAGAAAAAGAUCCUGAUUUUUAUUAAUAAUAAUCAUGUAGUGAAAUGUGUUUGUAAUUUUGUCUCAAUUUAAUUUGUUGUAAGGUGGGAGGGGGAAUUGCUGGUUUCACCAUUUCAGAUCUGUGUUGUCUAAGAGUAUUAAUGUUUUAAUCAAGCAAAGAAAUGAGGAUUUUUAAUCUGUAUGUAAUUGUUUUGAAGCACCCAUUUUAAGAGAAAAUACUGUGCAAUGAAGAAAACCAGUUUAGGCAUUUGCUAUAAACUGAAUUA